UUCCUGAUUGGCUCUUGGAGUUCUUGGCUUGGCUCUGAGAGUCCGAAGCAUGGAGGCCGCGUGCAAGUGGCAAGGACUGCCCGGCGCCCCGAGUUUGAAGCCCUUGACGGCGCCGGAGCGCGGCCUUCCUCGGGAGAAGCAGCGGCGGGCCCUGCAGGAUGUCACUCGGGCCCACGUGGAGUCCUUCGACUUCGCCACCGGGGAUGGGCUGCUCCGGGCCGUGCAGGCCAUUCCGCCUUUGGAGUUUGCUUGCAAGAACACACGGAUCACUUUGGCCAUUACCAGCGCCGUUAUCAGCCCUCCAAUGGUUCCCAAGGGGACGAUAUGCAAAGAGCUGAAGGUUUACCCAGCCGAAUGCAGAGGGCGUAGAUGCACCUAUCGUGGGAAAUUGACGGUUGAUGUCAGUUGGAGUGUGAAUGGCAUUCCUAAAGGGGUUAUUAAACAAUCCCUGGGCCAUGUUCCAAUCAUGGUGAAGUCCAAACUCUGCAAUCUCCAUGGCCUUUCUCCCAAAGAACUCAUCAAACAUCACGAAGAACAAGAGGAAAUGGGUGGAUAUUUCAUAAUAAAUGGUAUAGAAAAAGUGAUGAGACUGAUAAUUAUGCCUAGACGUAACUUUCCUCUUGCAGUGAUAAAGCCAAAAUGGAAAUCUAGGGGGCAUGGCUACACAGAAUAUGGCAUCUCAAUGCGUUGCGUGAGAGAGGAACACACAGCAGUUAACAUGACGCUCCAUUAUCUUGAAAAUGGCACAGUGAUGGUGAACUUUGUCCAUCAGAAAGAGUUGUUCUUUCUUCCAUUGGGGUUUGUCCUAAAGGGAUUAGUUGGUUUCUCUGACUUCCAGAUUUUUCAGGAGUUGAUCAAAGGGAAAGAAGAUGAUACGUUCUACAAGAACUGUGUGUCUCAGAUGCUGAGGCUGGUGUCGGAAGAGGGCUGCAUGACACAAAAGCAGGCCCUGGUCUUCCUGGGGCAGCGCUUCAGAGUGAAAAUGAACCUUCCCGAGUGGUAUCCCAGCGAGCAAGUUGGAGAGUUCCUUUUUGAGCAGUGCAUAUGCAUCCACCUGAAAACCAAAGUGGAAAAGUUCUACUUGCUUUGUCUCAUGACCCGCAAGCUGUUCACGCUUGCCAAAGAAGGAUGCAUGGAGGAAAAUCCUGACAGCUUAAUGAAUCAAGAGGUUCUCACCUCAGGACAACUUUACCUCAUGUUUUUAAAGGAGAAACUGGAAUUCUGGUUGCAGUCUAUUAAAAUAACUGUAGACAAAAAAGCUCAGAAGUCACAUAUGACUUUUAAUUCAGAAGGCAUGAUGAAGAUUUUAAGCAUGGGAGUAGAUCUCACAAGGAUGCUGGAAUAUCUCCUUGCUACUGGGAACCUGCGCUCUAGAACUGGUCUGGGCAUGCUGCAGACUUCCGGUUUCGCUGUUAUGGCAGAUAAGUUGAACUUUGUCCGUUACCUGUCCCACUUCCGCUGUGUGCACAGAGGUGCCGAUUUCAUCAAGAUGAGGACCACAACAGUGCGCAAACUGUUGCCAGAGUCCUGGGGUUUCCUUUGUCCUGUCCACACUCCAGAUGGCGAACCCUGUGGUUUGAUGAAUCACUUGACGGCACCGUGUGAAAUAGUAACACAGUCUUUAUACACAACCUCCUUGCCAUCUUUGCUUUGCUCUUUAGGUGUCACUCCCAUAGAUGGUGUUCCCAACCAGCCCUACUCUGAAUGUUAUCCAGUUACUUUAGAUGGUUCUUUGGUAGGCUGGAUAGAGAAGGAUCUGGCUCCUGGCAUUGUGGAGACACUCCGGCACUGUAAGGCAAUGCAAGAAAAGAAGGUUCCAGUUUGGACAGAGGUGGUCCUUGUCCCCAUGACAGGCAAACCCAGCCUGUACCCGGGGCUCUUCCUUUUCACUACUCCUUGUAGGAUGAUGCGCCCUGUACGUAACCUGGCCCUGGGAAAAGAGGAAUGGAUUGGCACAAUGGAACAGGUCUUCAUGAACAUUGCUGUGUUGGAGAAUGAAAUUGAACUUGGGCUGACCACUCACCAGGAGCUUUUUCCCCACAGCAUGUUGAGUGUGGUGGCAAAUUUCAUUCCAUAUUCUGAUCACAAUCAAAGUCCUAGAAAUAUGUACCAGUGUCAGAUGGGCAAGCAAACAAUGGGUUUUCCGCUUCUAACUUUUCCCUAUAGGUCAGAUGACAAACUCUACCGGCUUCAAACCCCACAAAGUCCUUUGGUUCGGCCAGCCAUGUACGAUCAUUAUGACAUGGACUCUUAUCCCAUUGGCACAAAUGCAAUUGUUGCUGUCAUCUCAUAUAGUGGUUAUGAUAUGGAAGAUGCAAUGAUCUUGAACAAGUCUUCGUGGGAAAGAGGCUUUGCCCAUGGAAGUAUCUACAAGACAGAACGUAUUGACCUGAUGGAAAAGAUCAAGCAGGGAGAUGACAAUCUGGUGUUUGGAAUUGGCCCUGACAAAGCAGCAACUUUGCAGAAUCUCGAUGCUGAUGGCCUGCCUCCCAUAGGAGCCAGGCUUCAGUAUGGGGACCCUUUCUAUAGCUACUUGAACCUUAACACAGGGGAAAGCUUUGUUACAUACCACAAAAAUAAGGAGGUCUGUGUUGUGGAUAACAUUAAAGUUUGUAGUAAUGACGCUGGAACUGGGCAGUUCAAGUGUGUGUGCAUCACCCUGAGAGUCCCUCGCAAUCCAACCAUCGGGGACAAGUUUGCCAGCCGUCACGGACAGAAGGGCAUCUUGAGCCGGCUGUGGCCCGCCGAGGACAUGCCGUUUACAGAAAGUGGAAUGGUGCCAGACAUCCUCUUCAACCCUCAUGGCUUCCCAUCCCGAAUGACCAUUGGCAUGUUAAUUGAGAGCAUGGCAGGGAAGUCGGCAUCUCUGCAUGGGCUUUGUCACGAUGCCACCCCUUUUACAUUCUCUGAAGAGAACCCUGCUGUGGAAUACUUUGGCAAGAUGCUGAAGGCCGGAGGCUACAAUUACUACGGGACAGAGAGAAUGUACAGUGGCGUGUCAGGAGUGGAACUCGAAGCCGACAUUUUUAUUGGUGUGGUCUACUACCAGCGCCUGAGGCACAUGGUCUCAGACAAGUUCCAAGUGAGGACAACAGGAGCCAGGGAUAAAGUCACCAACCAGCCUGUUGGAGGCAGGAAUGUGCAGGGCGGCAUCCGCUUUGGAGAGAUGGAACGGGACGCUUUGCUGGCUCACGGGACGUCCUUCCUGCUGCACGACCGCCUCUUCAACUGCUCCGAUCGCUCAGUGGCCCAUGUGUGCGUCCAGUGCGGGAGCCUGCUUUCGCCUCUGUUGAAGCCUCCGCCUGUGUGGUCUACCACACGCAUCAGGCAGCACAUUUGCACAAUUUGUAAACGUAAUGAUACCGUUGAGACUGUUGCGGUCCCUUAUGUCUUCCGUUGUUUUGUGGCAGAAUUGGCUGCCAUUAAUGUCAAAGUGAAACUUGCUGUGAAUUAGUUCUGGCCACCCAAACUAUCCUUCACUCUUGGAGAGAUGGAACAAGUAUGUUUCUCCUGUGGAGGCUUUAUAAAAUAACAGGUGAUUCAUUCUGAAUAGUAAAAAUAACUGUCUUGAUCUAUUAAACAACUCUUUAGGAACAAGGUUGAGUUCAGUAGAUUCCAAGGACACAUGAUAUAAUUAAUGGAAUCACUAGGUCAGUAGUUGGGACUUUGUACGAAUGAUUGAAAGCUGACCUUUUAAAAGCACAUCUGCUUUGCCAAUUGGAGAGUGAUUAUUUUUUCAAACUGCAAGCUUUCAGUGGCCGUAAUUGAUGUUUACAACAGUGGCACCAAAGUGACAAAUUAUAGGUCAUGAGAAGACAAUCUGAAAUCUUUGCGAUAAGGCAUGCACCGUUAUACUCCGACUACAAAACAGUUGUUUAUUAUGCAUGUGAUUCCUAAGCUACAUACUAAUGUUGGAGUAGGAUAGCUUUGCUUUCAUUCUCCCAUUUGAUAGGGGCUCCUUAUUUUCUUCCAGUAGCUUCUUUGCAAGGAUCUACCAGGAGACCCAUCCUCUUUAUUCAUCUGUUGUCAUCUCUGUGAGAUCGCUCACAACAUUAUGUUCAGAAAUUAAAUUCCAACUGAAAUUUUAUUUUCUGUUAAA